AUGUCUGGGAAACCCAAGCUGCACUACUUCAACGGGCGAGGCCGAAUGGAAUCCAUCCGCUGGCUGCUGGCAGCAGCUGGGGUUGAGUUUGAAGAAGCUUUCCUGGAAAAAAAGGAGGAUCUGACAAAGUUACAGAAGGAUGGAUCCCUGCUCUUUCAGCAAGUGCCCAUGGUGGAGAUGGAUGGAAUGAAGUUGGUGCAGACCAGAGCCAUCCUCAGCUACAUAGCAACAAAGUACAACCUCUAUGGGAAGGACCUGAAGGAGAGAACCCUAAUUGACAUGUAUAUGGAAGGACUACUAGAUCUGUACGAGUUAUUCAUGAUGUACCUUAUCCAACCAGCGGAUAAAAAGGAGCAACACUUUGCUAAUAUGUUGGACAAGGCCUCAAACAGAUACUUCCCAGCCUUUGAGAAGGUUUUGAAAGACCACGGACAAGGCUUUCUUGUUGGCAACCAACUUAGCAAGGCAGAUGUGUUUUUACUUGAAACCAUUUUCGUGGCAGAAGAGUACAAGCCUGAUAUCCUGGCCAGUUUUCCUCUCUUGCAGAGUUUUAAAGCAAGGAUAAGCAAUAUCCCCACAAUAAAGAAAUUCCUGCAGCCUGGCAGCCAGAGGAAACCUCCCUUACGAGAAGAAGAUCUACCCAAAGUGAUGAAAAUCUUCUACUGA